AUUGAUGAAGAAAUUGAGACUCCUGCUAGAGACCAUAUAAAAUUUCCUGGUCUUGAAGAGAGUAGGCUUCCCAUUCAGAAAAGGAAACUUCCUAUCAGUGAUACAAGACGAGGGAAGACGAUAGUUUUUCGUGGGAGUAGGGAGAAUGUUGUAUCAAAGAAGGGAUCUAUGCCAGAUGACCUUCAGGGAAAAUCUGCUGCAAAAGUAUCCAAAUCAUUUGAGAGGUCCUCAUCUGAUGGGAAGCUUCUUGGUAAAGUGACUGCGAAAUCAUUGUGGAGUUCUGAGUCUAAAAAUGUGAAAUUGGGUAACAUUUCAAGAAACUCUUUGAAUCAAAAAGGAGAAUCUGUCCUCAUGGACAUUGAUAAGACGAUCAAAGUGAAAAAAUCCUCCUUAGUUGGCAAGUCUGCCAUACCAACCAAGAGAUUUGAUCCAAGUAAGAUUUACAAGGAGGAUAGAAGUGGGAUGCUCCUAUUAGAUGCCAAUUCGGAGAGGAGGUUAAUGGACAUGAUGAAAAAUGUUGCAUCGUCAAUUACUUUGGAAGACGUAAUUAAGAAGCACAAAGUCCCAUCUACUCAUGCAUAUUCUUUAAAACAUGUAGUGGACAAGACAAUUAAGAUGGGGAAGUUGGAAGGGUCAGUUGUGGUAAGAAAAUUAUUAACUUUUGUAUCCUUAAAGUGA